AUGAAAACUUUUGUAUUUUGGAUUGUUGCAGCCUUUGCCACAGAACUGAUCAUUGCCAAACCUGUGGAAGAAGGUAAUUCAGAAGUUCUUGAUCCAAGUCCGUCGUCAGAAGAAGUUGUAGAUCAAAUCAAUGGAAUAGGUAACACGCACAACAAAGGAAAGGGGCAGAAAAAUGAGCAAGAAGUUCCGGAAGAAAGCCAUGAAAUAGAGUAA